AUGAAUCUAUUUUCACUCACGGGUAGAACUGCGCUGGUGACUGGCGGCACUCGAGGCAUCGGCCAGUCGAUGGCCAUUGCUUUAGCAGAGGCCGGUGCUGACAUUGUACUAGUCCAAAGAGACUCCAGCAACCCGGCAACGAAAGAGCAGAUCGAGAAGUUGGGCCGCAAAGCCACCAUCUACACAGCCGACCUGUCCUCGCAGGAAUCAGUAUCUGCGUUGGUUGACUCCGUCAUCAAGGGCGGCCAUGACAUCGACAUCCUCCUGAAUUGUGCGGGCAUUCAGCGACGGCAUCCGAGUCAUCUUUUCCCACAAGACGACUGGGAUGAGGUCCUGCAAGUUAACCUGACCACGGUCUUUACUCUCUGUCGCGACGUAGGCGCGUAUAUGCUCACGCGUACGCCGAACUCGUUCGGCCAGCGCGGCAGCAUCAUCAACGUGGCUUCUCUCGUGUCCUUUCAGGGUGGACUGACCGUACCGGCAUACGCGGCAGCCAAGGGUGGCGUAGCCCAAUUGACGAAGGCGCUGUCGAACGAGUGGGCGUCCAAAGGAAUCAACGUCAAUGCUAUCGCACCGGGCUAUGUUGCGACCGACAUGAACGCCGCCCUCAUUCAGGACAAGGAACGCGCUGCCAGUAUUCUCGGGCGUAUCCCUGCAGGACGAUGGGGAAGCCCGGAUGAUUUCAAGGGACCGGUGGUGUAUCUGGCCAGCCAGGCCAGCGCGUACGUGAGCGGCGAAGUGCACACGGUCGACGGAGGCUGGAUGGGUCGGUAA